AUGACCCAAGGUAGCGCACAAGUGGAUGACAUCAACGGAGCAGAGAAAGAUGGGCAACAUCGACGCGUCGCCCAGGCGCUGAGUGACAUCAAUGAGGUGUUGGGUGACGACUUGCACCAGUUAGGCGACAGUAUGAGAGUGGCAUCAGGCAGAGUCUUGGCACCAGUGACUGUGGGCGAUGCCAUUAAGGGUUUCAGCAGCAGCAACACUAAAGGAGGAUGUGUAGGCGUGAGGGAAGGUGGUGAUGCCCUAGGCACAGAAGGCGGUGCCAGAGCUCAUGUAGGCGACGCCAAGCAAAGAGCUCACCUGGGCGAUGUUUGGAGGUGCGACGUUCUAGUGAGUGGUGCCAGAAGUCCCUUCAGGCUGUUAGGAGAUGCGGGGCGACGUCCUGGCACGCUGGGCAGCAAUGUUUUGGAGGCUAGCAAUGCCCUAGCACGCCCUAGGCUUCUUCCGAGGGAUGAAGAGUGA